CGUAUUGUGAUUGUGCUUGCAAAUAUACUAAAAACCCUAUAAAAUACACUCAGUUACGUGCCUAAUCGAUCAUUUACUUGAAGUUUCAGUGUUAAUAUAUAUUCUCCGGCAGCAAUUUGAUGUAUUUGUCGUCAAACUGGCGGGCAAUGUUAGAAUGUUUUCAUCUAAUUUCGAUCUACACAUGGAUGGAAUUGAUGAUAACAUGGCGGAGCAGCCUGGCAGUGACACCGAGAUAAAGCUGAGCUGCCGGACGAUCUGCAUUGGAUCCUAUUCGUACAAGCCACACAGCAAGGUCCGCAUAUCAUCGGAAGGCGUGACGAUAGUGGCCCCGGGGCUCAGACGGCGCGCUAGCGACGACAUCAUACUGCACAUCCCGCUGAAGAGCGUCGUACACGUCCUGGCCAGGGCCGAGGAGCGGCCGGCCAUACUGCUGUACACUGAGGCCAAGACUGGGGAGUAUGUGCGGAGCGCGCUGGACAUGCACCUAGAGUCAGGCACAUACUUCGAACCAUCGUCAGCGAUCGACGAACACAAGAGAAUAACCCUCGUGCCGCGCGCGUUGACGCGACGCUCCGUGGCGGCGCUGCGGUCGCUGUUCGGGAUGGUGCUCGACGAGCUGGACGCGCUGGACGCCCGGCGGUUGGGGGGGUUGAGGAGUAGCAGUGAACGCGACAGUGUGGAGAGAGUAACCCUCGUGCCGCGCGCGUUGACGCGGCGCUCCGUGGCGGCGCUGCGGUCGCUGUUCGGGAUGGUGCUCGCCGACGAGCUGGACGCGCUGGACGCCCGGCGGGUGGGGGGGUUGAGGAGUAGCAGUGAAAGCGACAGUGACCCCACACAUCCGGAUCAGCUGUCACCUAGAGCGGCCACACGCACGGACCCGGCCUCGAGAUCAGGUAACAACUCUAGUGGACCUUAG